UGCUUGUCACCUUGUCUGCGGCUCUGAUGUGUCGUUGAUAACAUCUGCCCGCCUCUUUAUAAACCCAGACCCAUCAGACCUCUGCAUCAUUCCCUCUCUAUCUGGCCUCACUGGACCUCUCCCUCGGGAAUCAUGGAUCUUUCCAGCGUGCUGAUGGUCUUCUCUCUCGUGGCCGGCAGCGGAGCCUUCGACCUGGGCCAGACCACUCGCUGCGUCCCGGUUCCCCAUCAGAUGAGCGUAUGUCAGGACGUGCCGUAUUCUGAAAUGAGACUGCCUAACCUCCUGGGUCACAGCAGUGUUGAAGAAGCGCUUCCUCGAUCUGAAGAGUGGAAAACACUGCUUCAUACCGGCUGCCAUCCUCAGGCCAGGGCUUUCGUUUGCUCUCUCAUCGCUCCCGUGUGUUUGGACAGGUUCAUUCAGCCCUGUCGUAGCGUGUGCCGGGCCGUACGGGACAGCUGCACACCAGUGCUGGCAUGUCACGGACACGCUUGGCCUGAAGCUCUAAACUGUGAGCGCUUUCCAGAGCAGGACGACACGUGUCUGACUCCUCUGCCCAAACACAUCAGCGCUUUCUCGAAAGAAUUUCCUCAGCCCGCCUGCCAAAGCUGUCCACCCGUGGAAGAAGUGCCAUCUCUGAAAACUGUGAUGGACGCUCUCUGUCUGAAUGACUUUGCUGUGAAAGCCAAGAUCUCCCGCCGUCGUCUGCCCUCCUCAGACCCAGAGCUGAUGGUGGAGGGACACGUGGAGUUUAUCCAGCGAGGUCCUCUGCUACCCUACGACACCUCCAGUCUCUUGCAGCGCUGGCUCCUCAUCAACCUCAGAUGCGCUCACACGCUGGUCCGGCCCGGACGCGCUCAGCUCUACCUCAUCACCGGAACCAUGAGGCCCAACGGAUCCAUCCAGGUGUCCAACCUCUUCCCGUGGCUCAAAAAAGACCUCCACAUCACCGCCGCAACACGCAAAUGGAAACACCACAAGUGCUGAAACAAGAGUGAAAGAGAGACUUUAACAUACCUGAAAUGAUGUAGAUACAUAGAGGAUUUUAAACAGAAGAGGUUUCAGGUUAAAACUGAAUGGAGCAACUCUCUACUGCCCCUGUCUGGCGGGGCGUGUAACUGCUCACA